AAUAAUAAUCUAUGCUAUGGCCUUGUAAUUGUGCACAGCCCCGGCCCCACCCAUAAGAGGUCAUGUGAGUUUGGCGGGAAAGUGCUAGCGCGGGAAUUAGAUGGAGGAGAAAGAGGGCAUUAUAUUGAAACUAGUUCACGGAGAAGGUCCAUCAAGAAUCACUUUAGAUUCUAACAGACAAAUAGCUAGCUGUGGUUUAGACAGUAUUAGUGUUGUAUUUCAUAAUGGUGGACUAGAGGAGGACAACUAUCAGUUUGAUGUGGAGUCCAUUGUUGGUGUUGCUGGGGACGUUACUAGCAUACUGGACAUUGCCUGCUACAACCAGGGGGAGGAGUAUAUGGUUGCUGUGGCAACUGAUGAUCACACUGUCCUCUCCUACAGUUAUUGCUCUGGUAAUGUGAAUGAUGAUCCUUUUGCUGAGAGUCAGUUCAAGGCAAUAUUGGUUAGGUUUACCAGUCAAAUUAAUACCAUUGAUGUGAGCAGUGACUCUUCAAGACUGGCAGCUGGUGCAAGUGAUUUCUUGGUUAAGAUGGUUGAUUUGACCGAUACUAGUAAAAUAUCAACAAUGGAAGGACAUGAUGCACCAGUACUGUGUGUCAGAUUUGAUCCUCUUGUUAAAUACCUGGCUUCGUCAAGUUGUGAUGGUACAGUUAAGAUAUGGUCAACAGAGAGUAAGGUUAUUGUUCAUUCAGUUGAUGUGUUUCCUAAAGUCAAUGAUAUUAUAUUUGCCUCAACACUCUGCCGGCUCUCAUGGCAACCGGGCCAAGGACAGGUUAUUGCUGUGCCUGUUGGUAAUGGUGUGAGACUGUUAAAGAGAGAGAGCUGGAACUGCAUUCAAACAAUCAAUGAACAAGACGGAAGAAAUGAAAAGUUUGAUCAUGUGACGUGUUGGUCUCCAUGUGGGAUGAUGUUUGCUGUGGGCAGUUCUGAUGGACAUAUCUCAAUAUAUGGAGGAUGGCCUCAACCUUCACUCAUAUCAAGGCACAGUGUUGGGUCUCAUGUUGUCUCCUCGUUGUGUUGGGAUCCAAAGACUAAAGACUCAUCCCAUCCUCUUCUCUUCUCCUCUUCAUCUGGUCACAUUGGGGCCUUACCUCACCACUGGAUCUAUCCUCAGCAAGAGAAGGAGGGAGGGAAGGGGAGUAUAGCUGGAACUAACAAUACUGCACCAGCUAACACAGGAAAGGCUCCAGUAGCUGAACCUGAUGAUCCUUUGUUUGAUGAUAGUCUUUUAUUAGAAGGUAUACCUCCUGACAGUAUAUUCAAUGAUGAAGAAGAUGCUCAAGAACUUGCUAACUGUAGACCUGCCCCCUCUCACUCCCCUCCACCCCUCCCUCCUCCUGUCACUACAAGAACAAUCAAUCAGAUUAAUGAUAAGCGUAUCCAUGACGAUGACAAUGAAGUAGCACCGCCCACUAAAAGACGGAAUGUUGUAUUGAGCGACACUGAAGAGGAGAGACUGGAUCCUUUGUCUCCUGUGAUAUCAUCUACUCUUGAUACUGGAGUGUUACCUGCUCCUCCUCUUCCUCUUGUUUCCUCUCCUCUCCCUCCUCCUCCCCUUCCUCUUGAACACUAUCAUGAGAUAUUCCAACCAUCAGCCACUCCCAGUCACCUCACCAAUCGCUUCAUGGUCUAUAAUAUGGUGGGUGUGGUCCGUUACCAUGAUGAUGGUUCUUCCCCGAUGGUAGAGAUUGAGUUCCAUGACUCGUCUGUCCAUCAUCCUCUCUCAAUACCCAAUCAUUAUGGCUGGACCAUGGGGGCACUCUCCUCAAAGGCUUUAGUGUUAGCUGUGGAGAAGACUGACGAGGAACCAAGUCAGUUCCAGUGUACUGUAUUCUCCAGCUGGGACCAGAACAAAGAUUGGAGCCAACAACUACCUAAAGGAGAAAGCAUUGAAGUGAUUGCACUGGGUGAUUCAUGGGUUGCUGUAGCAACAGAUAAGAACUACAUCAGGUUAUUCUCACUGGGUGGUACCCAGAGGGAGGUCAUUAGUAUACCAGGAGGACAGGUGGUGAGUCUAGCAGGAAAAGGAGACCAACUUAUCAUCAUAUAUCAGGAAUCUACUAAGUCGUCAUUGACAGCGUGGGUAUUGGAUAUAGGACAAAGAAGGGAACUAUACCCACCACAUCACCUACCACUGACACCUCAAGCAAAACUGGAAUGGAUAGGAUUCUCAGAGUGUGGUAUUCCCAUUUCUUAUGAUACAAAGGGUAUCGUUAGAAUGCUUUCUAGUCAGUACGGAUUGUCCUGGUUGCCAAUUGUGACUGUAGCUCCU